CUUUUGUUGUAGGCAAAAGUGAAGCUAGAGCUUCCGGCGGUGUCUUGGUGUGAUGAAUGAGAUGGGAGCACUGCAGAAGCUAUUCGAUCUGCUUCCCUGUUUUCAAUUCAGGAUGCAACCAGCCAUACAGAGAGGCCGAGAUGAAAUGAAGAAUUCUGAUGUAGUCACAACUGUGGGCUUGUUGUUCAGGUACCAUUAAUUACUGUGUAGUUCUAUUAUGUACAUUUUGAGUUGCUUUUUUGUAG